AUGCAUGAGUAUGCUCAAGAUGCGAUGACGUAUGUCCGGAAUUACGGACGCCCGGAUUUAUUCAUCACCUUCACAUGCAAUCCGAAAUGGCCCGAAAUUACCAAUUUGUUGCUUCCAGGACAAACAUCCAGCGAUCGACCUGACAUCACUGCACGAGUAUUCAAGCAAAAGAUCACAGUACUUAUGGAUUACAUUGUUAAGCAGAAGGUUUUUGGCGCAGUUCGUUGUUGGAUGUACUCGGUUGAGUGGCAAAAGCGUGGCUUACCACAUGCGCACAUUCUGCUCUGGAUGUUCGACAAGAUCCGACUAGAUCAUAUUGAUUCGAUUAUUUCAGCCGAAAUACCGGAUAAGCAAACUGAUCCCGAGCUGCAUUCCAUUGUGACAACGAGCAUGAUCCAUGGUCCUUGCGGAGUCCACAACCCAGAGUCAAAUGUUCGUAGUUUACUUGGCUGUAGACUGCACGUCAAUAGUGUCUCCUUCGAUGCCAAUGUAAUUGUGAUGUUCUCAUCCCGGUUAAAUACCGGUAAAUCCCGGUAA